GCAAAAAUGUCUGCCUAAGGGAAACUCGCAAGUUACAUACAGGGCAUAUUUGAAAAAUAUAAUUCCUUCAAGGUUGAAUUCGUUGUCUCUCAGACGCACAAAAGGAAGUCAAGUCAACUCUAGUCACACCAGAUCGCCCUAGUUGGAUUUUCAAACGAGAAAAGAUUUAGUUAAAGAUCGCAAAGAUGAACCCACAGCAGCGGAUUGCCGCUAUUGGAACCGAUAAGGAGUUGAGUGACCUGCUGGAUUUUAGCGCGAUGUUCUCCCCACCAGUGAACAGUGGGAAGAACAGGCCCACCACCCUUGGGAGCAGCCAGUUCACUGCUCCAGGUAUGGAUGAGCGAACAAGCCAGGCAUCAUGGACCUCAGGUGGCCAGUCCACCAGCCCCUCCUAUGAAUCCUCCAGAGGCUUUGCAGACAGUCCUCAUUAUGCAGAUCAUUUGAGUGACAGUCGAUUAGUGUCCCAUGAAGGAUUGUCCCCGACACCUUUCAUGAGUCCCAACAUAAUGGGAAAGUCGGAGCGGCCAGCGUUUUCAGGAUACACUAGGGAACCAGGUGUCUCAGGCUGCCAGUCUCAGAAUCUGCGCUCAGACAUGAGUCUGGACAGCCCAGGUCCAGUGAGCACACCUGGGAAGAGCCCCGCCCCCUUUUACCCCUUUACCGGCUCCAGCUCACGAAGACGCGCUGCGCAAGAGUCCCCCGCCGUAGAUCCUCUCCAAACAAAGAAAGUGCGCAAGGUUCCUCCCGGCCUUCCAUCAUCUGUGUAUGCCCCAUCCCCAAACGCGGAGGACUUUAACAGAGACUCGCCCUCCUACCCCGCCACUAAGCCCCCCAGCAGCAUGUUCACCAGCACUUUCUUCGAUGGGACCCACAACUCCACGGAUCCCUGGAGCUCGUCCAAUGGGAUCAGCCAGCCUGGCUACGGCGCAAUGAUGGGCGGAACCUCGACUCACAUGCCACAGUCCGGAAACUAUACCAACCUGCACUCACACGACCGGCUGAACUACCCUCCCCACUCAGCAUCUCCGUCAGACAUCAGUGCCAGUCUUCCUCCCAUGUCCAGCUUCCAUCGUGGCUCCAACUCCAACACUUCCCCCUUCGUCUCUGUCUCACACACUCCGCCUGUCAACGCCAGUGAGGGCGUCAUGGCUUCAGCCAGUCGGGGGAAUGCCACGGGAGGUUCGCAGACGGGAGACGCACUGGGCAAAGCACUCGCUUCGAUCUACUCUCCAGACCACACCAGCAGUAGUUUUCCCUCCAACCCCUCCACCCCAGUGGGAUCUCCGUCUCCUCUGACAGCCACAGCCAGCACCGCCGCUACCGCAGGUACAGCUGGAGCUGCCACAGGAAGGGCAGGUACUACUCAGUGGCCCCGCCCUACAGGACAGACCCCGUCCUCUCCAAACUAUGACGGCUCCCUGCACACCCUGAAGCACCGUGUCCAGCAGCAGCUUCACGAGCAUCUGCAGGAUGCCAUGUCGUUCCUAAAGGACGUCUGUGAGUCCCGUAUGGAGGACCGUCUGGAUCGCCUGGACGAUGCCAUCCAUGUCCUGCGUAACCACGCUGUGGGCUCCACCACCAGCCUGCCCAGCGACCUCCACAGCCUGCUCGGACAGGCCCACAACGGACCAAUCGCAGCCCUUGGAGCCAACUUCCCCGGCUCGGGAUUGGUCGGCAGCCGGACGGCAUCCAUGGGCGGAGCUCACCAUGACGAGGCGGUCAGUUUGAGCACCAAUCACAGCGGCUUGUCCUCCACUGGCCCUGCCUCCAGCAACGAGAUCAACCACCAAGCUGACAGGUUCAGAGGAUUGGCGGGCAGCUUGGCCAGUCAGGUUGCAGCGGCUCUGGAGCUGAAAAUGGAAAACCCGGACAAGGAAGAGCUUCCUGACCACGCCUCCUCAGAGGACCUCAGGUCUGACGACGAAAGCGACAGGAGGGACAUCAAGACACCCCGCGGAGGCACCCGCACUAGCAGCAUCAACGAGGACGACGACAACUUGAACCCGGAGCAGAAGGCGGAGCGCGAGCGCGAGCGGAGGAUGGCCAAUAACGCGCGAGAGCGCCUGCGUGUGCGUGACAUCAACGAGGCCUUCAAGGAGCUCGGGCGCAUGGUGCAGCUGCACCUGAAGAGCGAGAAGCCGCAGACCAAACUCCUCAUACUCCACCAGGCAGUAGCUGUCAUCCUCAGCCUGGAACAACAAGUCAGAGAGCGGAACCUGAACCCCAAGGCAGCCUGCCUUAAGCGGCGGGAGGAGGAGAAGGUGUCUGGGAUGUCAGGAGACCCCCAGCAGGCUGGACAUCCUGGCCUCAGUGACGCAUCCAACCCUAUGGGCCACCUCUGAGAUGGAAGCGGCCCGGAUCAAGUGUGUAAGAUAGCAUUGGUGACCUUGCUUCCCUCUGGUGGACAGGACUCACAGUGUGUGACACAAAUUCGAAGAGACACACCACUUGAAGCGAGAUUAAAUAAAAACAGAAUAAAAGAACGAAACUCGUCCCGAUACGGAGGAGAGGACUAAACUGGCCUGUGUCCUGGAUCCCCUGACAGCGAUCGGCAGAUUUCAGCCCUUCGGAAGAAAACGAUUUUUUUUUUUUUUUUUUUAAAGACUCUUUGACAUCAGAAAGCCCUAAACUUCAGCACAUGCCAGUGUCUGUGUGCAGUGUGUCGCAUCUGACCAAUCAGAGACUGUCGCCAUCGUUGAACCCCGCCCUCCCCCACCCCCCUUCGGGAAGCAGCCUUGUGCCUAAACUGAAUUUGACGAAUGCAUUGUAACAGCAAUUGUUUUUGUUGGUUUGUUUUUUUGUUUUCGUUUUGUUUUUUGUCUUUUUUUUCUAUUUAUUAUGUUACUGAGCUAUAAUGUCUAUGUUUAAAGGGAAAGGUAUGACAUUGCUUUGAAUGGCCGAUGACGUUUCAGUUGAUCUACAGUUUGCCAGGGACCGAACAAAAUUAGCGAAGUUAGCAAUGUUUAGCACUCUCGCCUCUUUUGUCUGAGCUGAGUACAGUGAAGCCAUGCACAUCAUGAGAUUAAUAUAUAUUUUAGCCCGUUCAGAUCAAAUAAUUUAUUUUCUCAGAAAGAAUUGGCAACAGCAGAUGCUCUAAUAUUCUCAACUGAAGAUAAACAAAAAAUUAGUUUGAUUUUUUUUUUUCUAAAUAAUAUAUUAUUUAUAUUUAUGUUGUACGGAAGUGUCAAACCAAAACUACCUAUGUACAUGUUUCAGCUCAGACUAUAUCCAACAGGUGGCGCUAGAGAGGAUGGGAGGAGUGCUCACCAACACAGGAAAGGUCAAAGGUGAAAAAUCAGAAAGCGCCUGGUUUCUGCAUCAUAGGAGAAAAAUGGCAAACUCUAGUUUUCCUGAAAGGUCAAGCAUAGGCCAUAAGACAAGACGUGUUCUCCACCGCAGGCCGUUCACACGCAGAGAGAGAGAGCAGAAGCGUUAAACAGCACCAGAGAGCAGCUGACUUGGGCCGAAUCUGGGCCACAACUGGCCCAAAUCAGGACCAGAUCCGUGCUGACUUGUCUGCUGUCUGGGUCAUGCUGUAGCCCUAGCAUUCCCUGCCCAGUCUCUUUAGUGUCUUACGAAGCAGAAGAGGCCAUUGCUCUGCCGUAGAGUGUGAAACAACUUUUCACCCUGCAGAUUGUUUGCUUCGCUACCAUGGUUUCUGAUUGGCUGAAGAGUUCUGGAGGCGUGGCUUGCCAUGGUAGACUCACAGACCUCUUCAGCUGAAAUUAUGGCAACCAUGCGGAUUGUUUUGAGAGGCAGUAGAAUAACAGCCAAAAACAUAAAAUAAAAAAAAAAUUUAAAAAAAACAAACGAAGACCACAUCAUCACCUGGCCUGAGUUAAAGUUUUGCAUAUAUUUCCUUUCUGUCUAAUAAUAAAAUACAAUUAACAAUUACAAAAAAAAAUCAUACAAAAAAAUCAUUACCCAAAAUAACCGCAUCAUAUGUUUCUUUGUAAUUGUAUAGCAAGCGUUUCUUUAGGCUUCAAAGUAAAGCAUUUUUACAGAGUGUAAUUUAGCCAAGGGAGGGGUUCUAAGUAAUUUAGAAUGCCUCCUUAGCCCCACCCCCAGCAGCAGAAAUGCCUGAUGGGAAAUGUAUGCGUUGUAGUCAGAGGAAUUGACUGAGGGGAGUUUGCAGAGGCCUCCCCUUGUGAACAGUAGCCCCAUCAGACAUCCUUAUCCUCAGUGUCUCAUCCUCAUCUUCAUCACUCUCACCUCCAGUGUGGGGAGCAACAGGCUCCUCUCCCAUCAUUUUUUACCUUGUGUGAGUGUGUGUGUGUGUGUGUGUGUCUGUGUGUGUGCUGUACAUUCUCUCGCUUUGGAUUCUCUAUCUCUGUCUGAAGUCAAACUGUAUCCGCUUCCUCCUCCUCCUCCUCCUCCUCGCUUCCUGUCCUCUGAUUAUCGUCCAUCUGUUUGACAAGGCCCUCACAUCUUCACUAGGUUCUCUCAUAGAACACAGACUGGAACCGCACAACCACAGUUACCAUAGAGAUUAGAACCACAUGACCACAGUUACCAUAGAGAUUAGAACCACAUGAGCACAGUCAGUGGAUCCCUCCUAGCUCAGAGAACCGGCAACAGAACCGCAGGAACAGACCUACUGGUUAUCUUCUGCAGCAGACUGCAACCAGACACAAAAAUCACAUGACCACUCUUCAGAGCUAAGAGAGUUCUGCUUUUACACAGCAAUCAAUAAUCACAAUAAUCAAUCUGCAUACCUUCACCUCCCCAGUCAAGAUUUAUUAAGUUAUAGUUCAGUUGAUGCUUCCCAUCGUAGUUUGCGGCCUUGUUAAACUCUUCAUUAGCGCUUGUAUCGCCCCUCAUCAACCCCACCCCCUCCCUCAGCCAAUAGUCAGACUGUCAGAAGUUGUGUCAUUGCUUUGUCCAUUUUAAAUUUGUUUAUUUUAUUCAAUUUUCUGCCGUUUGUUUGUUUGUUUGUUUGUUUGCUCAUCUGUUGGCUAAUGUUAGACUUUACUGUAUUCCCAGAUACUUUCCCUCGUAAGAUAUAUGACAGAAAAAGUAUAAAAAAGAAAAAAAAAACAUUUGGCUUAUUUUUCACUGUAGUUAGUCUUUUAUACUAUAAUAUUGUAAGAACAUUUCUUGAAUUCUAAAUAUUACUCUUUCUAGAUUUUUGAAAUCAAAAGUUUUGAGUAAAAAGUUUCUUACUUUAUUUUACUAUAUUAGAUAGUAAAAAAAAAAAAAAAAAACAAUGUACGGUUAUUUACCAUAACCUAUCAAUUACUAUCAGACAAAAAAGGAGUAGCAUCUUAAGAACACAGUAGGAUUGUAGCUCUGUGUAGGUCAGAGGAAAGGUCAUUCCGAGCUCGAUGUUCUUAGAGGGUAUUCCCAGCAUCAUGAUCUCCACUGCAGUUAAUGGUUGAUGAGUGAUUUGUACCAGUGGCAAAAUUUAAGGUGUUGUUGUCAAAUGCACAUCUUUAAAAGACAAAGAAGAGACAAACGUAAAAUAACCACGAACCAGCAGGAGAAGAAAUUAGUUGAAAUUUUCUGUCUCUGUAACAGAAAACACAAUGUGUAUAUAACAUUUAUGUAGCAAUAAAUGUGCCAUGUUUCUUAA